CGUGUCCUCAUCAUCGUCCUCUUCUCACUCCUUUCUUCUCUCUCCUUGGAACUCCUGCUUGUGGUACCAAACCAAUCAACCAUCCAGAAUCCUAGCUUCUCAACCGCAGCCGGCUUAGAAUUGUGAAGUAUCGGUGGAUGUAAGAGAUGGAUUUGAAUGGAAAAGGCAGUCUCCUAGACCCACUUUUGCAAUCUUCAGAGAAUGUGACUAUCAAUAUGGCUCAAGCUCCUCGGAGAGAUGACUUCAAAACCAGAAAGAUCAAGUUCAAAAUUGGAGGCAUAUCUUGUGCUUCAUGUACAGCUUCAAUUGAAUUGGUAGUGGGAGCUAAGGAGGGCGUUGAAAGUGUCAUGGUUUCACCAAUUCAGGGCCAUGUUGAGAUCGCGUACAGGCCUGAAAUUGUCAAUGCUAAAAUGAUCAAGGAAGCCAUAGAAGAUAUGGGCUACAAUGUUGAUGAAUUUCAAGAUAAGAGUAUUUCAGUAUGCUGCAUUCGAAUUAAAGGAAUGGCAUGCACCAGCUGCUCUGAAUCUGUUGAACGAUCUUUGCUUAUGGUUGAUGGAGUAAAAAAAGCUGUUGUUGGCCUUGCACUUGAAGAAGCAAAGGUUCACUUUGAUCCCGACAUUACCAAUCCUGAUCGCCUAAUAGAAGCUAUUGAAGAUACAGGUUUUGGAGCAAACCUCAUCAGCUCUGGGGAUGAUGUAAACAAAGUGUAUCUAAAAGUUGUAGGCAUUCAUUCUCAAAAUGAUGCUGUACUUGUUCAAUCAUCUCUCGAAGCUAUGGAAGGUGUAAAUCAUGUAGAAUUGGAUCCAGUAGGACAGAAAGUAACGGUUACAUAUGAUCCUGACCUUACUGGUCCUAGAUCAAUUAUUCAUUGCAUUGAAGAAGCUGGCCAAAGCCCUGGUCUUUUCCUUGUGAGCUUGUAUUCGGCUCCAAGACCUCGAGAAAUGGAGAGGCAGCAUCAGGUUCGGGUCUAUAGGAACCAGUUUCUUUGGAGUUGUCUGUUUUCCGUUCCUGUAUUCCUGUUCUCUAUGGUGCUCCCUAUGCUUCCUCCUUAUGGGGACUGGCUAUAUACAAAGAUAUUCAAUGAUCUAACCAUUGGAAUGCUACUGAGAUGGCUUUUUUGUUCUCCAGUACAGUUUAUAAUUGGCUGGAGAUUCUACAUUGGAUCUUAUCAUGCAUUGCGACAAGGUUCCUCUAACAUGGACGUUCUGGUAGCGAUGGGAACAAAUACUGCUUACUUUUACUCUCUUUAUGUUGUGUUAAAAUCAUUAACAUCGAGAUCAUUUGAAGGGCAGGAUUUUUUUGAAACUAGCGCCAUGUUAAUCUCUUUUAUUCUUCUGGGUAAGUAUUUGGAGGUAAUUGCAAAGGGGAAAACAUCAGAAGCUUUAGCAAAGCUUGCAGACCUUGCUCCAGAAACAGCCUCCUUAUUGAUCUUUGAUGAAGGAGACAAUGUCAUUGCAGAGACUGAGAUUAGUACUCAAUUACUUCAACGAAAUGAUGUGAUUAAGAUCGUUCCAGGAGCCAAAGUACCAGUUGAUGGAAUUGUUAUAAGUGGUCAGAGUUAUGUGAAUGAGAGCAUGAUGACUGGAGAGGCAAGGCCUAUUGCUAAAGGCUCCGGAGACAAGGUUAUUGGUGGAACUGUGAAUGAGAAUGGAUGCAUAGUUGUGAAGGCCACACAUGUGGGAUCAGAGACUGCUUUAUCUCAGAUGGUUCAGCUGGUGGAAGCGGCUCAGCUUUCUAAGGCACCUGUCCAGAAACUAGCGGACAAAAUUUCCAGAGUCUUUGUUCCCACAGUUGUUGUGGUGGCAUUGCUUGCUUGGCUUGGCUGGUUCAUUCCUGGAGCAGCUCAUCUUUAUCCAAGGACUUGGAUUCCAAGUGGCAUGGAUGAGUUUGAAUUGGCACUCCAGUUUGGAAUUUCAGUCCUUGUGGUUGCUUGUCCAUGUGCUCUCGGUCUGGCAACUCCAACUGCUGUGAUGGUUGCCACUGGCAAAGGAGCCUCUCAAGGUGUCCUGAUAAAGGGUGGAAGUGCUCUGGAGAAAGCACACAAGGUGAAAACUAUUGUAUUUGAUAAGACAGGAACACUGACUGUUGGAAAACCUGCAGUGGUUGAUAGAAUGCUAUUUUCCGGCUCUUCCUUGCAGGAAGUAUGUGAUUUGGCUGCUGCUGCAGAGGCUAAUAGCGAGCACCCUAUAUCGAAGGCCGUGGUGGACUCUGCCAAGAAGCUCAAUUCUAAAUAUAAUUCCAUCAACGACCGUGUAAUGGAUGCCAAAGAUUUCAAGGUGCAUCCUGGUGCUGGGGUCAGUGCCAUUGUUUCCGGAAAAGCAGUACUAGUUGGGAACAAAAGGCUCAUGCUUGCUUCCAACGUUCUAAUUUCUAGAGAGGUAGAAAGAUAUCUGACGGAGACUGAGAAUUUAGCAAGAACCUGUGUGUUGGUUGCCGUUGAUGGUGAAGUUUCUGGAGCACUUGCCGUGUCCGACCCAUUGAAACCUGAGGCAGGCCAAGUGGUUUCCUUCCUUGCCUCAAUGGGCAUAACAAGCAUUAUGAUAACUGGCGACAAUCAGGCUACCGCUACAGCCAUUGCACGGGAGGUUGGCAUCACUACAGUGUUUGCUGAGACUGACCCAGUUGGCAAGGCUGAAAAAAUUAAAGAUUUGCAGGGGAAAGGAUUGACUGUAGCGAUGGUGGGCGAUGGAAUCAAUGACUCUCUUGCUCUUGCAGCAGCUGAUGUUGGUAUGGCAAUUGGAGCUGGAACUGAUGUUGCAAUUGAAGCUGCUGAUGUUGUUCUUAUGAAAAGCAAUUUAGAGGAUGUGGUCACAGCUAUUGAUCUCUCCUUGAAGACUCUCUCUAGGAUUAGAAUGAACUAUGUUUGGGCCCUUGGAUACAAUAUACUCGCCAUGCCUGUUGCUGCUGGCGCCUUAUUCCCCUUCACUGGAAUUCGCCUGCCACCUUGGCUUGCUGGGGCUUGCAUGGCCUUCUCAUCAAUUAGCGUUGUCUGCUCCUCUCUCCUGCUGCAGUCCUACAAGAAGCCAUUGCGAGUGGAGAAUUUCCUGAAUCCUAUGGAAAAUGGAAGUCCGGUAUGAAAUAUUGAUCACCGUUUUCAGAACUAGAUUUUAGUUAUUUGAUGACUAUUUCUUUCCAUCUCUUCCAUGAAUAUAUAAUUGAACUUCUUGUUCAUCAAUUCUCCUUUGGGAGUGUUGAAUUGAUUAUGCUGAAGCCUGAAUUAUAUCAUCAAUAAGAGCAGGAUGCCUCUGUAACCUGGAUAAAUUACACUAUGUAUUCGAAGCAUUUGUUUAUGCUGUUGUUUCACGAAUGGUGAAAUUAAUCUAAACAAAAUUGUUUUAGUU